GAAAAGAAAGCGUUGCAUUAUUUGCACUACGCGUUGAGCGGCGCGUGACGCACGGCUCAUUUAAUUACUUAGCAGAAGUUAGAAGCGCCCGUGUCCGUGUUUCUUCCUUAAUUUCUUCUUCACCUUAUUAUCAUCAAAUGUUCUGAGAUUGAGCUCAUGUUGGGUGUAGGUGAGAAAGAACUCACAAUAGAGAACAACAACACAAUUCCAUGGCUGAUUUUGACUCAACUUAUAGUCCUCCUUCUCCUCUUUGCGCUCCUCUUUUUCUUCACCCUCCUCCCAUUGGGUCCCGACGACCACCACCACAACAACCUUGUCACCGCCGACACGCCCCCUCCUCCGACAACCUCUUCCAGUGUCUUCUUUUUCGACGAUAUUCAAAUUCAGCAGAUUGACUCCCCGUUUACUAAUCACGAUUCAUCGCCCACUCAUCCAACAACCACCUUGCAGGGUGGGCAGAACCUAUUAUUAAAAGGCGAAAUAGCAACGGGUCCAAGUCCAAGCAUGAGAAGGGAAGAAGAGAUAAUGGAGGAGGAGGAGGAGGAGGCUGCAUCGUUGUAUUUCCACCCUUGCCAUUAUUUUCAAUUAGCCACGGUGGCAUUCCUCAAAUGUUUCGGCUUGGAUUCUACAUCUGAUAGCCCUUCAACACGAAGACAUAGGAAAAGAAAAGAAAGCUGAUUAUGAAAAUUAUGUAAUUGUCACCAUUAUGAACAUUUUCUUCAUCAUUUCUCUUAUAGCCCGAGGCUCUACGCAAUUUGGUGGCACAGAAAUUAUGUCGUUGUAGCAUAAUGACGCUUGCUUAAUUUGACAAAUUAACCCCACGGCAAUUGGGUAGAGAUUAGAGAAGCAAAAACACAGUUUUCUUACGCACGAUCUGA